GUUGAACGAAGAGUACAACCACGGCAACAAUUUUUACGAGGAAAUUGAAAAACUAAGUACUUUGGGUAUUAACGCCUCAGAUAUCAAAAAGUUUGUCAUGUUGAGAAAUAAAUGGAAUGUCGAAUAAACAAUUUCUUAUUUCUCAGGAUGAAAGAAGCAGGUUUUCACACAAUUAGUUCAAUCAUCAUGACUACCAAAAAGAAUUUACUUGCCGUCAAAGGAUUGAGUGAAGCAAAGGUAGAUAAAGUUCGAGAAUGUGCAUAUAAAAUUUCAAAUUCCUCAUUUAUAUCUGGUUUAGAGGUUAGAGAACGUCGUAAAAAUUUGAUUCACAUUACAACUGGUUCAUCUGCCUUGGAUGAGCUACUUGGUGGUGGUAUUGAGACUAGUAGUAUUACAGAGGUAUUUGGAGAGUUUCGAAGUGGCAAGACGCAGUUGGCACAUACACUUUGUGUGACUGCACAGUUACCUAAGAGCGUUAAUGGAGCUGAAGGAAGAGUGGCUUAUAUCGAUACAGAAAAUUGUUUUCGACCUGAAAGAAUAGUCGAGAUAGCAGAGAGAUUUGAACUUGAUCCUGAAGAAGUUUUGGAUAACAUAUUGGUAGCCAGAGCAUACACUUCGGAGCAUCAGAGGCAAAUUCUACAGAUUGAACUUCUUGUACACAUUGCUGCCAAAAUGGUUGAAGAAACUUUUGGACUGCUCAUUGUUGACUCUGCCACUGCAUUGUUUAGAGUUGACUAUUCAGGCAGAGGAGAACUGAGCGAACGACAGCAAAAACUGAACAGGUUUAUGUCACAGCUUUUGAAGCUUUCAGAACAGUUUAAUUUGGCAGUUUUUAUAACCAACCAGGUUAUGUCGACACCUGAUGGUUCUGCUGGCAUGUUUGUUGUAGAUCCUAAAAAACCGGUAGGAGGUCAUGUUAUUGCUCAUGCCAGUACUACCAGAAUCAUGCUUCGCAAGGGAAGAGGUGAACAGAGAGUUGCAAAGAUUUACGAUUCCCCAAUGCUGGCAGAAAACGAAGCGACCUUUGAAGUUUCAUCUGGUGGUGUGAUUGAUGCUAAAGACUGAUUGAUUGAUGUGACUUUUCAAUGUUAAAUUGUACAAAGAGUGUAUUCCGCGCAAAAGAAUAAAGUUUAAUACGUAAGC